CUCAAUUAAGAUUAGGGUGUCCCAAACUAACAUGUUUCUAUUCUUACUAUUAUUAUUAUUUUAAGUUAUUAUAAUCUAUCGUUUUCUCUUGUCCACCCACAAAGUUGUUUCUCUCUCUAAAAGACUCACUCUGUUUCCAUUCCGGCAUUGACUGCCUAAACCUCAAGUCUUGUGAGGCGCUCACACAGAUCGGUGAGCUGAGCUGCAAAAGAAAAUCAUUUUUUUAAUACCAUUUUGUAUUCAUGUUUUACUUAGUAUUCAAUGAACAAAAUCAAGACAAGUUUUUUUACGUGUAUCCUUUUCAUUUCAAAGAUUCUCAAGAUUCUGUUUUAUCAUCGCCAAUUGUGACAAAAUCCCAUGUAUUUAAACCGGAUUUGAUCAGUCAAUAUAGUCAGAUUUACAGCCACUCAUAAAAUUCUUCUUUUGGUAUUGCGUGCUGGAUACAUGCGCUUCUGCCUUUAGUUUCCAUUUGUUACUCAGCAAUUCCAUGUUGAAGACAUUCAUUUCAGCAUUUAAAGCAGGCCAUUCACGCAUGAGGGGAGUUUUUAUUUCUAUUCUUUAAUAUGUUGUAAUGUUGCAGUAGCUAUGGUGAGGAAUGUGUUGGAAGGGAUUUUGGCAGGUUGGGAUUAGGCAAUGGGUUAAAACUAAAAAUUCUAUCAAUACUUCGAGAUUUCUAUUAUUCAGGACAAAUCUAGCAAAGCAAGAAUACAGUUUCGUAUUACUGCUGAAGCUGCUGUAGUAGUUGUAGCUUUGAAAUUUAUUCAGAUGGGUGAGCAACCACAUAACAGGCUUUCAAUGAUGAACUUUGGAAAACAACUUUUAGGCCAAGAUGAGAGACAACUUGAAAUGAACAAUACAUGGGUACCCAUCCCCACUGAGAAGCUCGUUCAACUAACAUCUAAUACACCAUCAGACUGGCCAGUGAACCAAAUGAGAAGGCCAAAUUAUCAAGAAAUUCGUCUACCUGGAAGUGAUUACAUGAAAGAGAAGUCGCUGCAUUAUUACCCAGGACCAAAUCAGAAUCUCCCUCUGAUAGGACAAACAAGUCAAACUGGAGAGAACAAAACAUUUGAUGGCCACUUGAUGAAUAGAAACAGUGUUCUAGAUCACAUUCCAGGAUCCUACACUCAGCCAUGGCACUAUGAGAGCAAUGGAUCAAACAGUAAUACCUUGGAACAACUGCUCAAGAAGAACAUAUCUAAUAUAGAUUCUGCUAACAGGAAUUUGGAUGCGAACAAUAACAUGGCAGCAAGAAAUCCAUUGCUAUCAAUGUUUUAUCCUCAGGCUAGCAGCAAUGUGAGUGAUCCCUAUGCAGGUGUACAACGAGGCAAUAUUCAUUCAGCUUCAGACAUUGUGUUCAAAGAAGCAAAUAGACUUCUGUUUCCAAAUAAGAAUUCUGAAAUUGGUGGCAGUAAAUCAAACAGCUUGCUCAACAAUGACAUUCAUUGUUCAGUCCCAAACCAACUGGAGGGCUUCUUCUCUGAGAUAACCUAUGGUGAUUCUUACCACAAUUAUAAUCUGAACUAUGUGCCAAUAGCUGAAGCUGGUGUCACUGCUAGUUUUACCAACUCUCUCCAAUCGGUACCAAAAAUGAUGGAUCAACUCAAAUUUGUGGACAACCAGUUUUUUACAAUACCAGAUUACAUGAUAGCUGAAAGCACAAGUCAGGAGAAAGACAAACAAAAAACCUCAGUUUCUGCAACAGAGAAUGAAUUUCAGGAACAUUGCGUUGGGCUUCUACAGCAAAUUGUUGAUUCAUCACCUGCAGCAAUUUCUACAACAUAUGGGGAUCAAAAGGGUUCUGACAACAUCUGUGGCAAGGGAAGUGACCUGGGUUUUGACCUGAACAAGACACCUGAGCAGAAAGCACCCCAACGAAGAAAGCAUAGACCAAAAGUAAUUAAAGAGGCCAAGCCGAAAAGCACUCGAAAGCCUGCAACUCAAAAGACACAGAUGAAGGAGAAUCCGCACAAAAAGAGGAAGUAUGUCCGAAAAACUGCAGCAACACCACAGACCAAUGUUACAGAAGAAAGUGUUGAUUCUAUUGUUGCAACUAAAAAAUCCUGCAGAAGAGCUCUAAAUUUUGACUUGGAACAUAAUAAAUAUGCAAGCCAAAGCACAAUAAGUUGCCAGCAGGAGAUCGACCAUAGAAAUGAGAAAGCUUUCAAUACCACUUCAGACCACAAGGCCAAAGAACCAAAAAACACAGAUGAUAAUACACUUCUACUGCAUGAAAAGCAAGCUAAUAAUUUCCAGUCAGAAAGAAAAUUAAUCACAGCCUUGUCAGAAACUACAGAAGAGCCACAGAUAGCAAAAUUUCCUGCCACUGAGGAAGGUCCAGCUCUGGAAAAUUCUGAUUUGUGCCAGGAAGGAAAUAAUGGAAGUACGCAUCAAUAUAUUCAAACAAAGGAAAUUGACAACAUCCUCUAUCAAUCAGAAACAUGUUUUGAAAACUCUCAGAAGACCGGGGAACCAAUUUGUCAGAAUACCCUUCAGUUGGUGCCUAACAUCCUCUCCAAUUCCAUUGAAGCAGCAAAGGGUUCCAAGAGAAAAUAUCGCAAAAGAACUCAGAAGCAACAUGACUCGGCCACAAAUUCACAUGAUACUUCCUUGUGCCAAGAGACUUUACAAGCAAAUGAAAAUUUCAGAGGUGCAACUCCUGCCGAAGAUGUCAUUAAAAAACAGAAGAUUAAAAAAACUCAAAAUAGACGCAAUGCAAAAGUCAGUGGAAGGUCUUCCAGCCAAAUAAUGUCUAAAGAGAAUCCCCAGAACGCAAGAACAAAAGACAAAAAUGGAUUUCAAACACAGUCUAAUGAAGAAAUACCAGAUAUAAGUAUUGAAAGUAAUAGAUUUGUGGAGCAGCAAAACAAUGGAGCCAGCACUGGUGAAUGCUUUGCUAUCUCAGAGGAACCACACCAGAUAUACUCUAAUCUGAUAGAUGAGAUAAUUUGUCAACUGAAUGAUCUCAAACUUGGGGAGAGCAACAUGACAGAGAUGGAAGGACAAAAGGCCCUAGUCCCAUAUAAUGGAGAUCGUUCAGUUGUACCCUAUCAGGAGUUUGAAUUACUUAAAAAACAUAAACCAAGGCCUAAAGUGGAUCUUGAUGCAGAAACAGAGAGAACCUGGAAACUAUUGAUGGGCAAAGGAGGAAGUGAAGGCCUUGAAGGAACUGACAAGGAAAAAGAGAAGUGGUGGGACGAAGAAAGAAAUGUUUUUCACGGACGAGUUGAUUCCUUCAUUGCACGGAUGCAUCUUAUUCAAGGAGAUAGACGCUUUUCAAAGUGGAAAGGAUCUGUUGUUGACUCGGUGAUAGGUGUUUUCCUCACUCAGAAUGUUUCAGACCAUCUUUCAAGCUCUGCCUUUAUGUCUCUAGCAUCAAGGUUUCCUCUUCAGUCAAAAAGCAGCAAGAAAUCAUAUGAUGUUGACACAAACACAUUGCUUAAAGAAGCAGGACUCUGCAUAGUAAAUCCAGCUGAUACAAUAACACCAUAUGGAUCUGGGACAUUAAAUCAACCAACCUAUCAUCUUUGCUUUGAGACACCCCAUCAUGCAAGAGAGCUUUGGAGAGACAGUGAAACUUCAAGGCCAAAAGGGAGCCUAAUAAAGCCAAAUAAUCAGAGCUCAGAGGAAGAAUUUUUAUCACCACAAGAUUCUCUUGAUUCCUCAAUUACUCAAGAUGCCAGAAAUAGAUCUUCCUCAGGAUCCAAUUCAGAAUCAGAAGGACUGGACUGCAGGUGUGAACAUAGAGAGACUCAGUUUUUAACUGCAAUUAAUUCUUUACAGGUAGGAAAGACCACUAUGUUCCAGGAAUUUUACAACAGUAUAAAUGGAGUGUCACUGUUUGAGGAGAGAAAUAAAGAUGGACAGCUGCAUCCAGAAGAAUAUGUGAAACAAAAUUGUAGCAUAGGCAGAAACAGUAGUCCCAAUAUCUGCUCAGCAUUUAGUCAUCCUAACAACUUUGCUUAUCCACCAAAGCAACUACCUGUAGUUCCUUCAACUGACUAUAGGCUAUAUUACUCAGACACACAAGGGCUGAAGACUUUUCAAAUGAAUGGUGGAAAGUUUUCUUGGACUGAAACUGUUUCUGUUCACAGUGAGUUACAGGACAACAAUUCUGGCAAUAGGAAAGUGGGAGAUAGUGCAGAUAAACCCACAGAGAUGCAAUAUGCAAAUGGAACACUAGGGUCUCCAGAGAUACCAACAAUUGACCCUUAUGGACCAUUAAGCAAGUAUUUAGUCCUUCCACAUGAUACUUCUCAAUUUGGAUCUCAUACAAAUUACAAUCAACCUUCACCUAAUCAUCAUCUUGUAGGUCAGAAAUCCUUAGAAUCAGAAAGUAGGGAAUUUACAAACUCAUUAAAUACGUCUCAUAUAUUGGACAGAUGUCAAGAUGAUGUAGUUAAGGAUAGCGGCAAUAUUCCUAAGCAUGCAGAAGGUCUUGACAGUGAAAAAAUAUCUGCAGCAAACAGCCAGGGAUGCUCAGAAAAUAGUAGGGCUGAAUCAAAUCCUUUGAAGCAAGUUUAUUCUCCCAACUCUAUCGAUAAAAAGAGCAAAAUCAAGGUUUCAAAAGAAAGGAAAGCAAAACCUGAGACUGAGAAAAAGCAUGCAAGUGACUGGGACAAACUAAGAAAGGAGGUACAGAUAAAUAGAAUAGAGAAAGAAAGAAGCACGGAUACAAUGGAUUCACUGGACUAUGAAGCAAUAAGAUGUGCCUCUGUUAAAGAGAUAUCUAAAACCAUUAAAGAGCGAGGGAUGAACAACAUGCUAGCAGAACGAAUCAAAGAAUUCCUGAACAGAUUGGUUACAGAACAUGGAAGCAUUGAUCUUGAAUGGUUAAGGCAUGUUCCCCAAGAUAAAGCAAAGGACUAUCUGCUUAGCUUUCGAGGAUUGGGGUUAAAAAGUGUGGAAUGUGUACGGCUUCUGACACUUCAUCAUAUUGCUUUCCCAGUUGACACCAAUGUUGGAAGGAUAGCUGUUAGACUUGGAUGGGUCCCUCUCCAACCACUUCCUGAAGCACUUCAGUUACACCUCCUUGAACUGUAUCCAGUGCUGGAAACAGUUCAGAAGUAUCUCUGGCCCAGAUUGUGUAAACUCGACCAAAGAACCUUGUAUGAACUGCACUACCAGAUGAUUACAUUUGGGAAGGUUUUCUGCACAAAGAAAAAACCAAAUUGCAAUGCAUGCCCAAUGCGAGCAGAGUGCAGGCACUUUGCAAGUGCUUUUGCAAGUGCACGGCUUGCCUUGCCUGGACCAGAAGAGAAGCGCAUCGUAAGUAUGCAUGUUCCCAUUGCAACUGAGAGAAACUAUUUUGUCAAUGAGAACCCCAUGGUCCUACCUCUCCUUGAGAACAACUUGAGCAGACAAGUAAAUCCUGAAAGUUGGCAGUGUGAACCAAUCAUUGAAGAACCAGCAACACCAGAAAGAGAGUGGAAAGAGGCAGAAGAAAGUGACAUGGAGGACUUUUUAAAGGUGGAUUCUGAUGAAAUUCUUUCCAUUGACCUCAAUGCCAAAGAGUCAACAGUGAAUGUACAGAACCACUUGCAAGAAUACAAGGAGCAUAAUGAAGGUGACAUGUCUAAGGCACUUGUGGCCUUGAAUCCACAGUCUGCUUCUAUCCCUACACCAAAACUGAAGAACGUCAGUCGGCUAAGAACUGAACACCAAGUAUAUGAACUUCCAGAUUCACAUCCUCUCUUGGAAAAGAUGGAUAAACGGGAACCUGAUGACCCAAGCCCAUAUCUUCUUGCAAUAUGGACACCAGGAGAGACUCCAAAUUCUGUUGAACCACCAGAAAGAAGAUGUGAAUCCCAAGACUCAGCCAACCUGUGCAAUGAUAGCACAUGUUUUUCAUGCAACAGCAUUAGGGAAGCUAAUUCACAAACAGUUAGAGGAACAAUUCUGAUACCUUGUAGGACAGCAACUAGGGGAAGCUUUCCACUGAAUGGAACUUACUUUCAAGUUAAUGAGCUAUUUGCGGAUCAUGCAUCAAGCGUUCAACCUAUUGAUAUUCCUAGGGAAUGGAUAUGGAAUUUGCCAAGGAGGACAGCAUACUUUGGGACCUCUGUAUCAUCUAUUUUCAAAGGCCUUUCCACCCAACAAAUUCAGCAUUGCUUUUGGAGAGGAUUUGUUUGUGUCAGGGGAUUUGAUCAAAAGGAACGUGCACCACGACCUCUUCAGGCCAGAUUGCAUUUUUCAGCAAGCAGGUUAGCAAAGGCAGAAAAAUGAUAACAAGAAUAAUGGGACAUGUUGCUGAGAUAUUUACCAAUAAAAGCUAAUAUUGAAGAUCCAACUUUGUAAGAUCUAAGGUGAUUGCUGCCCGAGUGACAGGAGAUCUGAUAUGAAAAAAAUAUACAGCAUGUUACAAAGAAAGUAGAAGAAUCUUCAGUUUAGGAUAUGAAAUCCCAUAAGUGGGAUUGACCUGUAAAUCAUCUCUAUUCAAGCAUGAAACAGUCAUUCAUUUUAUUAAAAUCAACUGUAACUAUUGCAUUAUUAUCAAUAGAAGUAGUCACUGAAAAUGAACAGAAAUUGCAGAAUUCAAUCAAAAAAGUUUAUUAUUGCA